CCCAACUCCUAUACACUUAUCAGCCCUGCUAUCAAAUUUCACCAGGCGCAGGACACCAAUUUCUGCACUAAUAGCCAUAGACACAAAUGAACUUUCAUUGAAAAUCCACAUUCCCAUCUGUUAAGGCCUGGAGGCCGGGGUACACACCCAGAGUGAAGGGGGCAAGCGAGGGGCUCAAGCAAGGAGGACGCAAGAUCUAACCAAGAACUAAGGACGAAACCACAUUGAACUCUACCCCUCCAAAACCAGGGGGCUAGUGAACUGCUGAUACGCCGCGUUUUGCUUGCGUUUUCCAGGCGGCUCAAUUGUUUUUCCGAGGUCCGCCUUAUAUUCCCCGCGCGGUUUGCGCAUGUCCUGCGUUUUCUCAACCCCCGGCACUUGCUAACUCUUGAGGCUUGCGGGCAAGUUUGUCGCUCUUGCCCUGUCAGUCUUGAUACCAUCACAGCCAUGGGUGUCGCCGUCUCUGCUGCCGGUGACGAGGUCAGGAAACAGAACGAUGACACUGAAAAGAUUACCGACGACGCCCUGAACUCGAUCAUAGACCUUGUCAAGCUGUACAAGGAGCUCUUCAAAGCUCACAUCAAGAAUAUAUUAGACUCGACGAGUAACAAAGUCACCAAACUCACCCACGAGGAGACUGUCCUUGAAUACGAGGCGUCCAAAAUCGCCGACCACGUGAAGGACGUGGCGGCCGCCAUUGGUGACGCCCUAAGCGUGUCGCUUGAAGCCCUGUUUGAGUCGUCGACGGCGAACUCAAACGAGGUAUCUAUGGUCUUCGUCACCGCCAGCAAACUCGACUAUCCGUACCACGUCGACAUGCACCUCUACACGUAUAGCUUCACUAGCGCGACGCUGACCAAGGUGGCCGAGAACGUGCUGGCUGUAUCCCCGAUGAUCUUGUCUGUCGACCUGUCGCCUCUGACGGAGAGCGACCUCGGCGUCGAUGUGGACGUCUGCUACCGGCAUUCGGACGAAGCAGCCAGAAAGCCCACGCUGGAGAAGCUGAAGGCCGCCCGCGAGGCUCAGAUCCAGGAGAAGAAGGGGGCAGCUAGUGCCGCCGGCGGCAGCACCAGUAAUGAAUCGGCCAAGGCUUCGUUACAGGCCGGCCAUGAGGCCUUGGAUGACGGGCUGGGCCGCGGGGGGGCUGAACUGGGGCGACGGCAAGCUGCCCACUGA